GAAAGAUGAAGAGCAUGAAAGGAGAGGUUGUGCUGAACGUCCCGGCAGAGAAAAUGUGCAGGGACAAUGAGAUCAUCAGCAAAAUCAACCCCGAAAUGCUGGCUGCUGCCGAAUACGUCAAUGGAGAUGGCAACCCAGCUGUGAGUGGCUACGUCACAGAAUCAACAGAGAAGAUACAGAGAGUGGAGAUAGGGCGAUCUGUAACAUACAGUGUCAUUGGAGUUGACCUGAGGAAAAUGUAUGAUCCAGACAGGGUGACUCUCUCAUUCAUUCCGGUGGAAGGAAAAGAAAGGGAGAAGUGUAUAGCCGAAUGGAAAGCAGAGUUUGAGCAGCUUACACCUGCCACUCCGCCACAUAAGGUUAGGGACGCCGCCCUUGGAUUCCUCAAAGUCAUUUGAGAAGUUCCAGCUUAGUUACUAGUUAGUUGGUUUUAAGCUGGUCAGUCCUCUCAGGUCUAAACUAAAAGCCGAGCCCUAAUAUACCCAUCUAUGCUUAAAGCCAUAUUCCAAUGUGUGUUUAUAUGCAGAUAGCAAUAUGGCUAUUGCCGAUGGCUUGGUCAAGGCCAUCUGCCUCAAUAUGUUCUGCGUCUGUGGGACUUCUGGUACUUUUUCAA